AUGGCCACCAAAGCUACAACAAUUAAAGAGGCUAUAAAAAGAUGGGAGGAGAAGACUGGACAACAAGCUGCCACAGCUACGGAAGUUUCUUUGGUAUUUCAAUGGCCGCCGAUAGAAAAAAUGGAUAAUACAUUAUCAUCUCUUGUUAAUUGCGAAAAGUUAAGUUUAUCCACAAAUUUAAUAGAAAAAGUCACGGGUUUAAACAGUUUGAAGAAACUACGUGUUCUGUCGCUCGGUCGUAACUACAUCAAGUCGUUUGCUGGAAUGGAAUGUCUCGGCGACACGUUGGAGGAACUCUGGAUAUCUUACAACUUGAUAGAAAAGUUAAAAGGAAUUAAUGUUCUCAGGAAUUUGAAGGUGCUCUAUAUGAGCAAUAAUCUGGUGAAGGAAUGGAGCGAAUUUAAUAAGUUGCAAGAGCUCCAAAACCUUGACGACCUCCUUUUUGUGGGUAAUCCUCUUUACGACGCUUGCGAGCUUGAAGUGUGGAGGUCUGAAGCAGCGCGGCGACUACCAGGACUGAAGAAAUUGGAUGGAGAGAAUGUAUUAAGAGACGAUGGUCCGCCAUUAAUAGUUGCAGAUAUUGAGCCGGACGGCGGAGACGCGGUCGAGACAUUAGUCAGUGCUGAAACCAAUGAUUAA